UCUCUCUCUGAGUUCACAACCUUAGCCUGUGACAGAGACAUCACUGUCUCACUCUGAUAACAUGGAGCAGCUUAAUGUUUAGCCCAAGAUCUACACACUCACGCACACACCUCCACACACACACACACACACACACACACACACACACACACACACAGAAACACACAGAGAAGCAGAGGGAUUACAAAGGCACAGAGACCUAUAGGCUGCCCAGGGAUGGGGACGAGAAAACUAAAGGCAAUGCAAACACAUUGUAGCUGUGACCAAGGGACCAGUGUUGAAAGUGAAGCCCCAGCAGAGGCAGAUAGCAGUGGUUCCAGUCGUCCUCUUUCUCCUCUAGUUCGUCUCUAUGUGUAUGCACUGCACGGCUGCCUAUGUGAGGUGGCCUUCACUGCUGUGUUGGACUGGUGCAUCACUCAAGACAGGAGGCUGGCAGGUCACAGCAGCCUGUGGGCGCUGCCCAUGUACGCCACCGCAAUCUACCUCAUGGAGAACCUGAGAACAUGGCUGCUGGCUCAGCAUCAGCCAUUGCUUGUGCGUCUGACGGCCUACACCCUGUUCAUCUACUCGUGGGAGUUCACCUGGGGGGCAGGGCUGAGGCUCCUGAGGGCCUGUCCCUGGGACUACUCAGGUUAUAGGUACAACCUGGGAGGACUGGUGACUCUGGAAUAUGCACUACCCUGGUCUGUGGCAGCAUUUAUAGCAGAGCAGCAUGUGAUCAGUAACACUCUGAGGAUAAGACUGCACAAAUGAACUGAUAGCAGCCUAGGAUAGCGUGCUUCCGAAAAAAAUCUGGACAUGUUACCACACUACUGUGAGUUUCUGACAUUUUGAUAUGAAAAAGUUGGCUAAUUUGCUGCAUCUCUCUCAUUUUUUCAGUUCAAUCUGUGAGCAUUUUUCUUUCUCACAGCUUUAAGUGAAGUAAGACAAAACUAAUGUGGUAAACAUGGUUUCAGGCUGAUGUAUAACAGUAUCAAAUGAAUGGUUUGAAAUAAGCUCAUUUGUUUUCUUGCCAAAAGUAGAGUUGUAUUACUAUCUACGCCACUUUCAUAUCUGCCUGUUAAAUAUGAAGCUAUGGCCAAGAGACGAUUAGCUUGGGUUAUCAUAAGGACUAGAAAAGGGAUAAAAGUUCCAGCGUGCUAGGAAAGAGGUAGCUUGGAAAAAACAAGGUGUAAAACAAGUUGUAGUAUUGUAAGAUUUUGUGUUGGACUAUGUUUACCCAGUGAGUGUCUGCUGGUUGCACAGUGAUGACAUGAGGAAGUUGCCAUGCCCAUCUGCUAGUCACCAAGAAAUACUUAAAGCACGCAGCUCUCCCGCAAAACUACACAUUGUCAUUUUUAAAUUUCUGUUGAAUUAAACAAAUGGCAUAUUA